GUGGUUGGAGGAAAGAUGAUGGAUUCUGGUCGACUUUGUGCUUUCAUCACUAAAGUGAAGAGAGGAAGUCUAGCAGAUACUGUUGGUCACCUUCGACCAGGAGAUCAGGUUCUUGAAUGGAAUGGGAGGGUCCUACAAGGAGCAACAUUCAAGGAAGUUUAUAAUGUCAUUCUAGAAUCAAAGCCAGACCCCCAAGUGGAGCUGGUUGUGUCCCGUCCCAUACGAGAUUCUCCCAGUAUCUCAGAGAGCACACAUGGACAACUUGAAUCAAGUUCGAGUUUAUUUGAAUCCCAGAAGAUGGGUCGAGCAAUAUCCGUCACUUCCCCCAUGAGUCCCGGGAUGCUCCGCUACUCCCCACAGUGCCUGUCUGGACACGUCUCAGUCAAACUGUGGUACGACAAGGUGGGUCACCAGCUCAUAGUCACCAUCCUGGGAGCUAAAGAAUUUCCUUCUAGGGAAGACGGCCGGCCCAGGAACCCCUAUGUUAAAAUAUACCUCCUCCCCGACAGAAGUGACAAAAGCAAAAGGAGAACGAAAACGGUGAAGAAGUCCCUGGAGCCUAAAUGGAACCAGACGUUCAUGUACAUGCCUGUCCACUGGAGGGAGUUUAGAGAGCGCAUGCUGGAGAUCACUCUGUGGGACCAGGCCAGGGUCAGAGAGGAGGAGAGUGAAUUCAUGGGAGGGAUCCUCAUAAACCUGGAGACAGCCUUGAUGGAUGACACAGCCCACUGGUACAAGUUGCAAACCCACGAUGUAUCCUUCUUGGCAAUGCCCAACCCCUCACCCUACACACAGAGGAAACUGCUGUCGGGAGAGAGCCCCACUAGAAGGUUACAUAUGUCCCAGAGAAUUAUUGACAGUGAGUUCUCUGAUUUUGACUGCGAGGACGGGAUCGGUGUCAUAGCAGACUACAGACACAACGGCAGGGACUUCCAGAGCUCCACGCUGUCUGUUCCAGAACAGGUCAUGUCCUCCAACUACACCUCCCACUCUGACAUGGCCAGGACCUGGUCAAGGUCGCCAAGUCUUCCCCCUCCACAGAGUCGGAGUUUGGACCACGGCAUGCGAGGGGGACCGCUUUCUUUUAGCUCAGGUCGGAUGGACCGGCAUCGCUUGUCUGAAGACUGCUACUCACCAGACAGGAUGAACACUUACUUGGUCCAAACAAGCACAACCGGUUCCCCAGUGUCUCAUCAAAGAGGACGACAGCUACCCAACGUCCCAUCCAAGGGCUCACUGGAUCGAAAAGAUGGAGAGGAGAUGAAUAAUUCUUAUCAAGGUCUGUACCUGCUAGUCUGGAGAGUAGUAGAGCAGUCCCAACAAGGCAACGUCCAUGUCUCCUAG